GUCCACCUCUGUUUUGCUGAACACUUCUUCCAAAGACAAGGCUCACACUUGAUUGUGAACCAGCAAAUCUACUCCAGUUCCUCGCAACACCCAAUCACGGCUACUCUCUACCAAGCAGAGGGGAGGGGUUGCCGUGUUGCUAUCAUCAUUUAGAUAGAUCUUGCAGAUGUUUCUCCAUCCAAGAAAAUAGUCCUACACUACUAUUGAAACCAAUCAACAUGAAAGAACCUGCACCGGCAGUGGUGUCGAGCAACGGCGCUUCCAAGUCGAAACAGUUACGCUUCCUCGUCAUCGGUGCUGGUGCUCGUGGCACUGCGUAUGCUGAAGCCGUAACCAAAUCAACUGGAGCUGUCAUCCACGCCGUAGCCGACCCGCAUGAAUUUAAGCGUGACCACUUCGGAAAGGCCUUCAUCUGGGGAAAAGAGGGAAAACCCAGUGAGGGCCAGGACUUCAGUGGCUGGAAGGAGUGGCUGGACUGGGAGCUUAAUAGAAGACGCCAGCUUGAAGCUGAUCCCCAAUCCGUCUCCGGCUCUGCUGCUGUAGGAGUCGACGGCGUCUUCAUCUGCACUCUCGAUGAGACCCAUAUCGGAAUCAUCCGGGCCAUCGCUCCUCUCCAGCUGCAUAUUCUCUGCGAGAAGCCAUUGGCGCUGUCACUAGAUGAUUGUCUCUCCGCUCUCCAUGUUCUUCAGAGCCAGUCGACUCCUAAGAUAUUCUCCAUCGGCCAUGUUCUCCGGUACAGUCCACACAACAUUCUCCUCCGAGACCUCAUCCUGUCUCGGAAGGUUAUCGGCGACGUCGUCUCCCUUGAGCACUGCGAACCCGUCGGUUGGUGGCAUUUCACCCACAGCUACGUGAGAGGAAACUGGCGCCGUGCCACCAGCAACGGAGACGGGAGCCUUCUGACCAAAUCAUGUCACGACAUCGAUUUUAUCCUGUGGCUCCUGUGCUCCCCUCCCCCGUCUACUGCAGCUUCGUCGGCAAAGACAGCCCGCACUGCCCACCACCCCCGGACCAUCACGUCAACAGGCUCACUGACACAAUUCCGUCGAGCCAGGAAGCCCGCCGCGGCUGGAAACGCGAUUAAUUGUCUCUCCUGCCUUGCGGAGCCGGACUGCAUUUACAGCGCCGUCAAAAUCUACCGCGACAUGCAUCUCGCCGAGAACCGGCUCGACUGGCCCCUGAAUAUCCUCUGUCCGGAUAUUGAGGACAUCUUCCGCACCGAGGGCUCGGACGCCGCCACGCGUCGUCUCAUGAGUGCGCUGGCGCCACACUACGACAAAUACAUUACGUCGAGUGACCCGAACACUCCCAGCCCCUGGUACGGAAAAUGCGUCUUCGAAACUGAUAAUGACGUCUGCGACGACCAGGUCGUUACGAUCUCAUGGGAAGACGAGGAAAUAACCCAAGAGCAGAAGGAUGAAGGCAUCGAACCGCGCACGGCCAAGAUAGCAACCUUCCACAUGAUCGCUCCCACGGAGAGACAGUGUGAACGCCGUGGCCGGAUCUACGGAACGCACGGCGAGCUCACGUACGACAGUCGCAAUAUCACCAUUUACAACUUCGAGACUUGCUCGACUACCGCUGUUCCUGUUCCGCGCCAGCCGCCUGAGGAAGAGAAGUCACAUGGUGGCGGCGACUAUGGCCUUGCUCGUAGCUUUGUCGGGGCUGUGGAUGCAGUCGAGAACCGUGGCUGGGACGUCGCGAAGGCUCAGGAGCAUUUCGUCGGCUGUACCCUUGAAGAGGCCGUGAGGAGCCAUGCUGUUGUGUUUGCGGCUGAGGAGGCUAGAAGGGAGGAGAAGGUGGUUAAGUGGAAGACUUGGUGGGAAGAGAAGCUUCAAGCUUCGGCUGCGGCGGCGAAUGAGGCUUCUUAG